CCGGAAUGUCCAGGGAGUAUAUAAGUGUGUUGAAAUGAGCCUUGAAAUAUUCAUCUUCCCAUCGUUCUAAGAAAAAGAUCAACCAUGAGACUUUACUUGACAGUCAUUCUAGCUAUUUCUUUUCUGGAAAACUUUCAGGUCCAUAUUAUCAAAGGAACCCUAGGGACUCAAGCUCUGCCACAUAACUCUUGUGUAGACCUACAUACAAAAGAAAUAGGAAUUAAAAAACUUGCUGAUUAUGAAAUACAUCACCAUCCAAAAAAAGUUGUAAUCUUAAUUACCAGAAAAAAAAUCAAGAUCUGUGUGCCACCUGAUGCUCCCUGGGUGAAUAAGGUCAUCAGAAAAUUGGACAGGAGGCCUAAAACAAGAAACCAUAGAAACAUACAUGGAUCUGAUAACCUGACCAACAGAACAACUAUAUAAUGUCUGAAAUUACUUACAGGAAAUAAAAGUUCAAAACCAUUAAAAUUUCACUGGAAUAAAUUCACUGCUACACUCAAGAGCUGAUUGAUUUUUGACUUUUUGGUGCUGUCCAUGGGCUUAAUUACUUUAGAUAUGUGUGGUUUAUAUUUAUUAUGCAAACCAAAUCUAUCGCUAUUUUCAGAAUUUCUUCCAGAUUGGAUUCUUAAUAGAAUUUUGAUUCUUCCAGCAGAUUCAUUUAGCAAAAGCAUUAUUCUGUGUAGUUUUUGUAUUUCUCUGCUAGAUCAUCUGAGAGCUUCCCACAAUUAGAAAGCAAUGGUAUGAAGGAAUACCCAUUUGUGACAGAAUGGGAAGAAGCUCUGGAAAUAAUGAGAAUGUCACACUUAGAGAAUGAUCUGAGUUUUUCUUAAUGAAUGUGUCCAUUGCAAAACUUCUUUCAGAGAUAAUAUCUAUGCCAUAUCACCAUGUUGAAUAGUUUAUCAGUAAAUCACUACUUUUUUCCUCCUUAGUAUUCCAAUUAUCAAAAUAAUUUUGGUAUUAUGAAGGCUGCAGAUAGAAAAAAGACUCAGGCAUUGCCUACUGUUUAUAAGAUAAAUGGAAAAAAGCAGUAUCAGCAAAAAGGUUAAAAAUAAGUAUGUAUACAGAUAUGUGUGUUCCUUUGAACAAAAUUGCUAAGAACACUUCAUAAAUGGAUAAUACUACAUUAAUGUAUAGUUUGAUUUAACCAUGGUUUGUUGAAUAAGCCAUCUUACAAUAAGCUAGAUUGAAACAAAUUAUUUUAUUGUUUACCACAAUGUAUGGUUCAUUGCCUGUUACUGCCAUUCUUUUCUGAUGAUGUAUUUUUUUCAGUCCCUCAAUGUUUAAUGUUAACUUACUUAUCAGUUGGCAUUUAAACUAGGAUUGUUAUUCCUUUCUGUAUUGCAUUAAUGAUUUAAUAUUUAAUGUUAACUUACUUAUCCAUUGUCCAAUUUGCUAUUAAAGUAAAUAUCACAGAAUUCAAUAGAUAUAAUAUAUUGAGGAUAUUUAAAGAUAUUUAAAUCUUGGUUCAUUGAAGAACUAUGCAUAUUGUAUAUCAAUGUGAAAUAGUCACAUGAAUAUGUUUUCAUUUAAUUCGUAAUUUUACAACAUCUAAGGUUAAUGUACUUUUAUCAUGCUUUUAUCAUACCUUUAAAUAAACCUACUAUUUU